GUCGCCGUAAUAAAAGAUUGUGGUCGAUUGUAUCGAAUGCUGCACUAAGGUCCAACAAAAUAAGUAUAGAGACCAGUCCAUUAUCUGACGCUAUGAGAAGGUCAUUAGUAACUUUCACCAGAGCUGUUUCUGUGCUAUGAUGCACUCUGAAGCCUGACUGAAACUCUUCAAACAAGCUAUUCCUUUGUAAAUGUUCACAUAAUUGAUUCGCAACUGUUCUUUCCAGAAUUUUAGAGAGAAAUGGGAGGUUGGAAAUUGGUCUAUAGUUGGCUAAAACAUCUGGAUCUAGAGUGGGCUUUUUAAGUAAAGGUUUGAUUACAGCAACCUUAAAAGCCUGUGGUACAUAGCCUGUUACUAUAGAGAGAUUAAUCAGAUCUAACAUUGAGGAAUUAAUUAAAGGUAAAGCCUCCUUGAACAGUUUAGUUGGGAUAGGAUCUGAAAGACAAGUUGAUGGUUGAAAUUGUUGAAAUCAGUUCAGAGAGAUGUAUGGGAGUGAAAAAUUCUAAAUAUCCAUCAGGUCUUACAGCCAAAUUCUAAAGCAUCUGUACUCGAUAAUACAUCUGUGACAUUUGUAGGAAGGGCCAGAUUAAUUUUUUUUCUAAUCGUAGUAAUUUUAUUUGUAAAGAAGCUCAUGAAGUUGUUACUGCUCAAAGCUAAAGGAAUACAGGUGCAGCCAGGUGAUAAUUAGGAGAUUACUGUAGGCAAUCUUGCUUUAUUUUACUCUGGUUGUAUGCUAUUGUGUGAUUGGUGGUGAGUGUGUCUGGGUGGGUACUUUUGGCCCGAGGAAGUGACACUGAGUGGUGCACAGGUGCAGGUGUGCAGGUGUGCCGGAACGCUUUUUCCUCGAUGGUCUCUCAGCGGAGGAGGAGGCAGAGCGUGGCGGCGUGGACAGCGUGGGUUCUUUUGGGCUUGACAAAAACCCAAGCACGGACUCAGGAUCCCCAAGCAGGAAGCUUGGAGAACGAGGCUGAGGACCUUUAAGCCCCGCUGCCAGAUGGUGAGCGGGAGGACGGAGAACCGACUGCGGGAGCAGUUUAGGAGUUCGAGAGGAGGCUAGCUUGGCUAACGCUAGCCCGGCGGCUAGCGUCCUCCGAAUCGGAAUGUUUCACCGCACUCAAUGUUUUCCGUGAGCACUGUUCCACCGCACUCAAGGUUUUUUAUGAGCACUGUUUCAACGCACUCAAUGUUUUAUGGACCAAACAGCGUUACACCACGUUGUUGAUUCAAACUGAACCCGGACAGUGAGUAGACUUGGCCAGGUGGCCGCGUGUAUGUAUGUGUGUGUGUACGUGUGUGCAAUCAUGGAGCACAGAUUGAUGUUCCAUUGUUCAGUGAUUUGGUGGGUGUUGUAAGGCAACCCUUGAGACUGAGGGGGUAAACGUAGGGGGAAAUAUUUGCAUUCAUUAAUUUAGUUUUAAAAAGGUAACAGCGGGACUGGUCAUUCGGACCAUCCGGGGACAUUCAUCUAACUAGCAUAUAAUUUGUUUUUUGGGAAAGUUUAGGUUACUUCUCCUAUGUUUUGUGAUUUAUCUGUGGUAUAUAUAUAGCUUUGUGUUGUAUUAAAUCAGGCCUCUCUUAAUUUGGCCAAAAGGAUAAAAACUUCUCUGGGUCUCAUUUUUUAUUUUUGAUAUCUCUAAUCUAUACUUUCCAUUUAGCUUUACGAACCCGAGCACCCACCAUUCUCGGGGUAAUUACCUCAAUAGAGUGGCUGCAUAGGGGUGCUACAUAAAAUUUGAGGCACUGCUGGGAUUAAAUUUAGUUUAAAAGUAGCUUAUAACUAGCCCUAAAUUAGCUGUAAAAAUGAUUGUGACCCAGAGAUUUAAGAAUUUUGUUUAAAAAUAAUUUAAAACCAUAUAUUCCUUAGCUGUUAACCUGCUAAGACUAAAACUUAGGUGUAAACUAAAACCUCUCCAACUGUAAAAUUAAAGCUUUAUUAGGUAAACCUGAAUCAGGACAAACAAACCAAGCAUAAAUUUAGUCUGAACAAGUGAUCGUGACCACCGUAACUACACAACGUGUGGGGAUGGCGCAACUAAUGAACUGGUGUGUUGGAGAAGGCCUAGAUCCAGUGAAGGCUUUGCUGCUGAAGGAUGUACCUCCAGAUGCUGCAGUGGAUUUCAUCGAAGAAACGCUGCAGACUAUCAAAGCACUUGGGAAAGUCAGAGUGAGAGGAAGAAUGUAUGAUCCGCAGUCCCGAAGUUUAACUGUGCUAUGUGAGUGCAGGGAGAAGGUGGAUGCAAGUGCUAUUCCUCCGGAUGUUCUGCCCGAGGAGUCUGCUGUGUCAUGGAGAAUCUUUGGACUCUCUGAACAGGAGCAGGAAGAAAAACCACCGGUUCCAGGUGCUGGUAAUGGUCAAGAUGUGAGUCCACUACAAGCUUCUACUCCUGAAGCUAUCAUCCGAGCUGUUGGAGAUAUUCUGGAAAAAACGAGUAGGCCCACAACCAGUGACAGUUGUCAAUACAGGAGGCUGCGGACUUUCUCAGGGGUCACACCCACACCCCCUGGAGAAGAGCAGGUGGAAAACUGGGUUGAACAAGCCAGACUAAUGAUUGAAGAAUGCGAUGGAUCUGAAAGAGAGAAAAGGAUGAGAAUCAUGGAGUGUGUAAAGGGGCCUGCACUAGAGAUUCUGCAAGCUGUCAGAUUCAACAACCCUAAUGCCACGUCCCUAGACUACCUUGACAUUCUGGAGAACACCUUUGGCACACCGGAAAGCGGUGAAGAACUCUACUUUGCCUUCAGAAUGCUGUGUCAACAUCCUGCUGAGAAACUUUCUGAAUUCCUGAGACGCCUGGAACGAGUUCUGACUAAAGUUAUCCAAAAAGGCGGGCUUCAGUUAGCCACCGCUAAUAGAGUCCGUCUAGACCAACUCAUCAAAGGGGCCACCAGAUCUGAUCUAAUGAUCUUGAACCUCAGAUUGAGAGAGCGCAGAGACAACCCUCCAACAUUCCUACAGCUGCUGAAUGAAAUACGUCUGGAGGAGGAGCAUGAAGCUUCACGUCGCAGGUUGCAUCCAUCCAAAGCUGUUCAUGCUAAAAGUGCAGUGAUAACCUCUGACUCUGAACUGAAAGACUUGAAAACGGAGAUAAAGCAACUGAGAAUUCAAGUAACUGAGCUUACUGCGCCCUCAGUCAUGCCCAGUCCCCCUUUGACAAGCUCUCUGCCAGCAGUCACUGCCACGACUGAGAGCUCAGAAGAUUCGAACAUCCAAGCCCUAAAGAAAGAAGUGGUAAAGCUCCGAAAGCAAGUUUCUGCCAUGUCAGUCAGGCCCAAGUAUAGUCCAGCCCCGGAGCCCCACCAAAGAGAGACUCAGUCAAAGCCUCGGCAGCAAAGAUCCUCGGCACCUCGAGACUCAAGUGACGUCUUCUGUUAUCGGUGUGGCGAAGAUGGACACUAUGCAACUAAAUGUGCUGCUCCAGAGAACUACCCCAAAGUUAUUCAGAAACUGCUGCGAGCACAAAGAAAAUACCAGCAAGGUCAGAAAAUCGACCAGUCAAAAACAAAGGCCACACAUGCAGAUGUUAGGAGAAGCGCCGUCCAGGUUCACACCAACAGUUUGCCAGAGGGGCUAGUAGGACCGCCUUCCACUGCCCCGGUAAAGAUUAAUGGUAACCCUUGCAUGGCACUGAUGGACAGUGGCUCCCAAGUGACCAUUAUCUUUGACCACUGGUACUCAGAAAACCUGUCACAUAUUCCGCUGAACCCCGUGACUGGUCUAGCCAUUUGGGGCCUGAGUGAGUCAGAUAGCAGUUACCCCUACAAAGGUUAUAUUCAAGUUGAGUUGGAGCUGCCUACAAAUUCAAAGUCAUCCAAUGUGAAGUCUGUUCCUGUCCUGGCUUUGGUGUGUCCUGACCCCCGCUGUUCUGAAAACAUACCUGUCCUCAUUGGCACAAAUGUCAGCGGAGUCCAGCCCUUUCCGUCACCAGCCAAGGAAAACACGGCAGGAAACAUCCACUCCGUCAAAGGUCAGGUUCAAAAGAAAAGCCACUUACCUAUUCCAGACACAAGAACCACAUAUAACCCCAAAGAUUUACCUGUGGCCGAAGUAAGGUGGACAGGGCCUGGACCGCUCAUUAUCCCUCCUGGUAUGGAACACGUUGCGAUUUGCAACGUUAAAGAGAAACAAGACAUUGGAGACAGUAUACUCAUUGCUGAACGUGCUCACUCACCUGCUCUUCCACCAAGUGUUCUAGUUCAGCCAACCGUGUUGUUCUCCAAGUUGCUAGACACUAGCAAGUUCCUGGUGCUUCUGCGGAAUGAGUCCCUCAAGCCAACCGCCAUUCCUAUGGGGACUGUGAUUGCUCAUCUGCACAUUGCUGAUAUUGUAACUGAUACCCCCAACUCCAAAGCCAAAGCUGUACCAGCUAUGGACCCCUCUUUGUUUGACUUCAGCGACUCCCCCAUCAGCAAAGAAUGGAAAGCAAGGCUAGGUCACAAGCUCGCUCAACACUCCAGUGUGUUCUCUGUAGAUGAAUGGGAUGUAGGUUUGGCCAAAGGAGUAGAACAUCACAUCCCUUUAAGCAAUAACACUCCAUUCCGGGAGCGGUCUCGCCGCAUAGCCCCUGCUGAUUUGGAUGAUCUCCGGCGUCAUCUUCAAGGCCUGCUGGCUGCAGGGAUCAUUAAAGAAUCAAGGAGUCCCUACGCAUCACCAAUUGUCCUUGCACGUAAAAAGAAUGGCCAACUUCGCAUGUGUAUUGACUACCGCACCCUGAACCGCAGAACCAUCCCAGAUCAGUACACUAUGCCACGUAUCGACGAUGCCCUCGAUUGUCUGUCUGGCAGCAAGUGGUUUUCAGUAUUGGACCUGCGCAGCGGCUAUUACCAAAUACCGAUGGCUGAAGAGGACAAAGAGAAAACUGCCUUCAUAUGCCCUCUUGGAUUCUUUCAGUUUGAGCGGAUGCCACAAGGGAUUACAGGGGCCCCUGCAACAUUCCAAAGACUUAUGGAAAAGGCAGUUGGGGACAUGCACAUGCUCGAAGUCAUUGUGUAUCUGGACGACCUGAUUGUGUUUGGCAAAACUUUGGAGGAACAUGAACGAAGACUCCUCAAGGUUAUAACCCGCCUGGAAGAAGCUGGUCUCAAGUUGUCCCUUGACAAGUGCCAGUUCUGCCGCUCUCAAGUGACCUAUGUUGGACACAUCGUCUCAGAGCACGGCAUCGCCACAGACCCAGCCAAAAUCGAAGCAGUGACCAGAUGGAAGCAGCCAACUGAUCUCCCUUCGCUACAGUCCUUCCUGGGGUUCUGUGGCUAUUACCGCAGAUUUAUAAAGAACUAUUCCAUCAUUGUUCGACCACUCACAGAGCUGUGCAAAGGGUAUCCUCCCACACAAAAGAAGAAAAAAUCCAGUCCUUCACCAGAAAAAACCUACUACAAAAUCCAUGAGCCCUUCGGUGACCGGUGGGAUCAGUCCUGCUCAGAGGCUUUCCGAAAGAUUAUCCAGUGCCUCACAAAUGCACCUGUGCUGGCAUUCGCUGACCCAGCCAAACCCUACAUCCUUCAUGUGGAUGCGAGUUUUCAUGGUCUGGGUGCAGUUCUCAACCAAGAGUAUCCAGAAGGCUUAAAACCAGUUGCCUUCGCAAGCAGAAAAAUAAGUGCCUCUGAACGAAACUAUCCUGUGCACCAACUCGAGUUUUUGGCGCUCAAGUGGGCUGUGGUCGAUAAGUUCCAUGACUAUUUGUAUGGAGCUCAGUUUACAGUGAGAACUGAUAACAACCCACUCACAUAUAUUCUCACGACAGCUAAACUCAACGCAACUGGUCAUCGCUGGCUCUCUGCCUUGUCUACAUACAACUUUACCCUGCAAUAUAGACCAGGUCGCAGUAACAUUGAUGCGGAUUCACUGUCUCGCAACCCUCUUCCCACAACAGCGGGAGGUUGGCAAAGUGUAUCCCCUGAAAGUAUCAAAGCUCUCUGUAAGCAGAGCAAGUCCAGUGAAAUACUCAAAGAGCACACAACAAUCGUUGAAUCACUUGGAGUUUCCCCAGAUGCAAUACCUGAAUGCUUUGCAUACCCAGUCCGCCUGGACAUUGGUUCGCUAGAGCAACUCGGCCCCAAAGACCUCAUCAAAGCUCAAGACACUGACCCCUGUAUUACUCCAGUCAAACAGGCAGUUAGUGGUGGUCUGCCAUUUUUGAGUCACGGCAAUCCGAUGUCUGCUCUACUCCACAAAGAAGCCAAUAAGCUGGUGAUCCGAGACAAAUUACUCUACAGAAAAGUUGAGAGGAAUGGAAUUGAAGUGCACCAGCUUGUACUCCCCAAAGAAUAUGUGCCGAUGGUUCUGCAAUCUCUGCAUGACGAGUCUGGGCAUUUGGGCAUGGACAAGACCAUUGAACUCAUCAGAGAUCGGUUCUACUGGCCAAAGAUGGGAGCUGAAGUCAAGCAGUAUGUGAGGAAUUGUGGCAGAUGCAUCACCCGGAAAGCCCUACCCCAAAGAGCUGCUCCUUUAAAUCAGAUCACCAGCCAAGGACCUCUAGACCUUGUGUGUAUCGAUUUUCUGUCACUUGAGCCAGACUCCCAAGGUUAUGCCAACAUCCUUGUAGUGACGGACCACUUUACUCGGUAUGCUCAAGCCUUUCCAGCCAAAGACCAGAAGGCGACCACAGUAGCAAAGAUCCUGUGUGAGCGUUAUUUUGUACACUAUGGUUUACCGGCCCGCAUACAUUCAGAUCAAGGGCGUGACUUUGAAAGCAAACUGAUCCAAGACCUUCUGAAGAUGCUGGGCAUUCGCAAAUCGAGAACAACCCCAUACCAUCCUCAGGGAGAUCCUCAACCGGAGAGAUUUAACCGUACGCUCCUGGCUAUGCUUGGCACUCUGGAUCCAAAGCAAAAGCAAAAGUGGAGUCAGAAAAUCAGUCAGUUGGUCCAUGCAUACAAUUGUUCACAAAACGAAGCAACAGGUUUCUCACCUUACCUGUUAAUGUUUGGCAGAGAAGCUCGUCUACCAGUAGACAUCUGCUUCAGAAUGUCCGACGACUGUCAAAAGACCAAGUCCUAUAAUCAGUAUGUUGCCCAGCUCAAGAAGGAUCUCCAAAGAGCUUACACUCUUGCCACUGAAAUGUCAGACAAAAAUCACCAAAGAAACAAGAAAGCACACGACAAGCAGGUCAAAGAACAAGUUCUUGACAAAGGGGACAGAGUGCUUCUAAGAAAUUUUGGGGUCACCGGCAAACACAAGCUAAAAUGUAAAUGGAGACCCUUACCGUAUGUUGUCGUAGAGAAGCUACCCAACCUCCCAGUCUACAAGAUUAAACCAGAGAGCGGUAUGGGCGCAGGAAAAACAGUCCAUCGUAACCACCUCUUACCCAUUGGUUAUCUUGUCAGAUUUCCCGUUGAAGAUGAUGAAGAGGAGACGAAGAAAAGUCCUGUAACCCGGGCACAACAACAAAAGUCCAGAGAACAGGUGCAGACAACCAGAACAAAUGAGGACAUAUCCUCAGAGUCAGAGUAUGAGGAAGUAUACCUCUCGAGACCAUUGGAAUUCGACUUGGAAAAGCUGCUGACACACCCAGAACUAUCAACCACGCCAUCUCAGCCCAACGUCAUAGCCGCUGAAAGUCAAGCUAAAGAUAUGGCUGAUGCUGAACCAGUGGUGAAUGACCUUUCGGACCUGCCUCCCAACGCUGAUCCAGAAAUCAACGUUCGAGAAGGGGGAGCAGACCUUACCCCCACCCAAGACAAUGAAGUGGAGAUCCAACCCCCCAGGCGCUCAAAGAGAGUCCCUCGUCCAGUGGUUAAGCUGAGCUAUGAUGAACUUGGCAAAUCCUGUGAACAUCCCGUUACAGUCUUAAGCCAUGGAGUGCUGGUUGGAAGUGGAAUUUACAGGGAUCCCAGAAGCAGCCCCUGUCACACUAUUUGGUGCCACCCCAUGGCGUUGUGUUCCACUUGUUCCAAGGAGGCCUCUUCACUAAAUUGUAAGAUUAUUAGAGUACUCUUAAAAAAAAAAAAAAAAAAAAAAACUACUUUAUUUUGAUGAGGACAUCAAAAUCUUUUAGAAGGGGGAGGGUGCAGCCAGGUGAUAAUUAGGAGAUUACUGUAGGCAAUCUUGCUUUAUUUUACUCUGGUUGUAUGCUAUUGUGUGAUUGGUGGUGAGUGUGUCUGGGUGGGUACUUUUGGCCCGAGGAAGUGACACUGAGUGGUGCAGAGGUGCAGGUGUGCAGAGGUGCACAGGUGCAGGUGUGCAGGUGUGCCGGAACGCUUUUUCCUCGAUGGUCUCUCAGCGGAGGAGGAGGCAGAGCGUGGCGGCAUGGACAGUGUGGGUUCUUUUGGGCUUGACAAAAACCCAAGCACGGACUCAGGAUCCCCAAGCAGGAAGCUUGGAGAACGAGGCUGAGGACCUUUAAGCCCCGCUGCCAGAUGGUGAGCGGGAGGACGGAGAACCGACUGCGGGAGCAGUUUAGGAGUUCGAGAGGAGGCUAGCUUGGCUAACGCUAGCCCGGCGGCUAGCGUCCUCCGAAUCGGAAUGUUUCACCGCACUCAAUGUUUUCCGUGAGCACUGUUCCACCGCACUCAAGGUUUUUUAUGAGCACUGUUUCAACGCACUCAAUGUUUUAUGGACCAAACAGCGUUACACCACGUUGUUGAUUCAAACUGAACCCGGACAGUGAGUAGACUUGGCCAGGUGGCCGCGUGUAUGUAUGUGUGUGUGUACGUGUGUGCAAUCAUGGAGCACAGAUUGAUGUUCCAUUGUUCAGUGAUUUGGUGGGUGUUGUAAGGCAACCCUUGAGACUGAGGGGGUAAACGUAGGGGGAAAUAUUUGCAUUCAUUAAUUUAGUUUUAAAAAGGUAACAGCGGGACUGGUCAUUCGGACCAUCCGGGGACAUUUAUCUAACUAGCAUAUAAUUUGGUUUUUGGGAAAGUUUAGGUUACUUCUCCUAUGUUUUGUGAUUUAUCUGUGGUAUAUAUAUAGCUUUGUGUUGUAUUAAAUCAGGCCUCUCUUAAUUUGGCCAAAAGGAUAAAAACUUCUCUGGGUCUCAUUUUUUAUUUUUGAUAUCUCUAAUCUAUACUUUCCAUUUAGCUUUACGAACCCGAGCACCCACCAUUCUCGGGGUAAUUA